AUGAAUGUGAUACAAUGCAAGAACCUGACGUUGAAUAAAAUCAAAAUCCGUGCGCCGGCGGACAGCGCAAACACCGACGGAAUCCACAUCGGGCGUUCCGAAGGGGUUACGGUGGACGAUGCCGAAAUUAAGACCGGCGAUGACUGUAUCUCCUUCGGGGAUGGCGCCAAGAAGGUGACCAUCGAAAAUGUGAAGUGCGGCCCCGGCCACGGAAUCGCUAUCGGAAGUUUAGGAAGAUACCCUAACGAACAACCGGUGGAGGACGUGUCCAUCAAAAACUGCAAACUCAUCAAUACUAUGUUCGGAGUUAGGAUCAAGACGUGGCCGGCAUCUCCAGAGGGCGUCGCCACCCGCAUGCACUUCGAAGAUGUGAGGAUGGACAACGUGAGCACCCCAAUUUUGAUCGAUCAACAAUACUGCCCCUGGAAUCAAUGCAAGGCUGGCGUCCCGUCGAAAGUAAAGAUCAGUGACGUUAGCUUCAAGGAAAUAAAGGGGACGUCGGCGACGAAGGUGGCAGUGAAGUUACUAUGCAGCCCUGGAGUACCGUGUGAAAAAGUAGAGAUGUCCGGGGUGAACUUGGAAUACCAUGGAACCAAUGGCAGUGCCAUAUCGGAAUGUUGCAACGUGAAGCCAACACUCUCUGGCAAAAACGUCCCUCCAAUUUGUGAUGACGCUAAAGCUUCUGCGUAAGCACGUCUCCAAGAAGAAGUAUUAGACUUUAUUUAAUUUGUAAAUAAACAACUUAGAUCUGUCAGUGUGGACUUAUGUAUAGAUAUGGAUGCACCAGAUCAGAUAACCCACAACUGAUAAGGUGAAAUUUGUUAUGCUACUAUUUAUCAAUAGUACCAUACAUUUUUUUUCAAUUUCAAUUCUUUCCUACUUUAUAUUUCAA